GUUGCGUUGACAAUAUGCUGUCACAAGCUGCCCUCCCCGCCCAAACUGUCCAUUUCCUACUUUGCCGGCUUCAGAAUUGGUCGGACAUUUUUCUUUCCUCGAAGAGUUUUGAAAAUCCUUAAGAAUCGUCGGAGUUCAAUAGACUUCGAAAAUGAAUCAUCUCAUAGAGUAACUGCAAGGACUCGCAAUGUAUUUAUACAAUCUAACGCUCCAACGUGCCACCGGCAUCACGCAUGCCGUGCACGGGAGCUUUUCCGGCACCAAAUCUCAAGAGGUGCUGAUUUCACGUGGCAAAAGUUUGGAGUUAUUGCGACCAGAUCCGAACACUGGAAAAGUUCACACUUUGCUGACAGUGGAAAUGUUUGGAGUUAUCAGAUCGCUGAUGGCUUUCCGUUUAACUGGAGCUGUAAAAGAUUAUGCCGUUGUUGGUUCCGAUUCCGGCCGUAUUAAUAUUCUUGAGUACAAUCCUGCGAAGAACACUUUGGACAAAGUCCAUCAGGAAACCUUUGGUAAAUCGGGAUGUCGUCGUAUUGUGCCGGGCCAGUAUCUAGCCAUCGAUCCCAAAGGACGUGCAGUAAUGAUUGGAGCAAUCGAAAAACAGAAACUGGUUUACAUUUUAAAUAGAGAUGUGGAAGCCCGCUUGACGAUAUCUUCCCCCCUGGAAGCGCACAAACCGAAUACAUUGACAUAUCACAUGGUUGGAGUUGAUGUUGGUUUUGAAAAUCCAAUGUUUGCCUGUCUAGAAAUAGACUACGAAGAAGCAGAUACAGACCCUACAGGUGAAGCAGCACAAAAAACUCAGCAAACUUUAACCUUCUAUGAACUUGAUUUGGGUCUGAAUCACGUGGUUCGGAAAUAUUCGGAACCACUUGAAGAGCAUGCCAACUUUCUAAUAUCCGUGCCAGGUGGAAAUGAUGGCCCAUCAGGAGUACUUAUAUGCUCGGAGAACUAUCUUACUUACAAAAAUUUAGGAGAUCAACAUGACAUUCGUUGUCCUAUACCUCGACGGAGGAAUGAUUUGGAUGAUCCUGAACGUGGAAUGAUUUUCAUUUGUUCCGCUACGCAUCGGACGAAGACUAUGUACUUCUUCCUGGUUCAAACAGAACAAGGAGAUAUUUUCAAAGUUACAUUGGAAUGCGAUGAGGUCGUUUCUGAGAUAAAAUUGAAAUAUUUCGAUACUGUUCCACCGGCGGCUGCAAUGUGUGUACUGAAAACGGGAUUUUUGUUUGUGGCAUCUGAAUUUGGUAACCACUACCUCUAUCAGAUUGCGCAUCUUGGUGAUGACGAUGAUGAGCCAGAAUUUAGUUCAGCAAUGCCGCUCGAAGAAGGUGACACAUUCUUCUUCGCUCCGCGACCCUUAAAGAAUCUCGUGAUGGUCGAUGAAUUACAUUCUUUCGCUCCGAUAAUUGGAUCUCAAGUGGCAGAUUUAGCGAACGAGGAUACACCUCAAGUCUAUCUAUUGUGUGGACGCGGGCCACGUUCUUCAGUUCGUGUGCUACGACAUGGUCUUGAAGUAUCAGAGAUGGCAGUAUCCGAGCUUCCUGGUAAUCCGAAUGCAGUAUGGACCGUUAAAAAACGGGUUGACGACGAGUUUGAUGCAUACAUUAUAGUGUCAUUCGUGAAUGCCACCUUGGUUUUGAGUAUCGGUGAAACCGUCGAGGAAGUAACAGAUAGUGGUUUCCUUGGAACAACCCCAACUUUGAGCUGUUCCUCGCUUGGUGAUGAUGCAUUGGUUCAAGUGUAUCCGGACGGUAUUCGGCAUAUUCGUGCAGAUAAGCGUGUGAAUGAAUGGAAAGUGCCUGGCAAGAAGUCAAUUUCGAAAUGCGCAGUGAACCAGAGGCAAGUGGUCAUUGCUCUGUCUGGGAAGGAAUUAGUUUACUUCGAAAUGGACCCGACCGGUGAACUAAAUGAAUACACGGAACGGAAAGAAAUGCCUGCGGAGGUCAUGUGCAUGGCUCUCGGAACUGUUCCACAAGGUGAACAGCGUUCAUGGUUCUUAGCCGUUGGACUAGCAGACAACACAGUUCGAAUUAUAUCUUUGGAUCCGUCGGAUUGCCUCUCACCAAGAUCUAUGCAAGCUUUACCAUCACCAGCUGAAUCCCUUUGUCUUGUCGAAAUGGGCCAUGCCGAAGCCACUGAAGAAGGACAACCACAAACGUCCGGAUCUAUUCAUUUGAACAUUGGACUGAGCAACGGUGUCCUUUUGCGAACAGUUUUAGAUCCAGUGACAGGUGAUUUGGCUGAUAACCGAACACGGUAUUUGGGUUCUCGUCCGGUAAAGUUGUUCAGGAUAAAAAUGCAAGGCUCUGAAGCAGUAUUGGCUAUGUCGAGUCGUACUUGGUUAUCGUACUACUAUCAAAAUCGGUUCCAUUUGACACCACUCUCAUACGAAACCCUGGAAUAUGCUUCGGGCUUCUCGAGCGAACAAUGUAAUGAAGGUAUUGUGGCGAUUUCAACAAAUACACUUCGUAUUUUGGCAUUAGAAAAAUUGGGAGCUGUUUUCAAUCAAAUCACAUUCCCUCUGGAGUAUACGCCGCGCCGGUUCGCUAUUCAUUACGAUACUGGACGUAUGCUAAUCGCAGAGACUGACCAUAACGCUUACACGGAAGAGACGAAAACCGCAAGGAAAAAGCAAAUGGCCGAUGAGAUGAGAGAAGCCGCUGGAGAAGAUGAACAAGAAUUGGCAAACGAAAUGGCUGAUGCAUUUAUUAAUGAAGUUUUGCCGGAAGAUAUCUUUUCGGCACCAAAAGCUGGUCAAGGAAUGUGGGCAUCACAGCUGCGUAUCAUGGAUCCAAUCAAUGGACAAACUGUGGCCAAAGUUCAACUGCAACAGAAUGAUGCUAUUGUAUCAAUGGCAUUAGUGAAAUUUUCAGCUGCUGCAGACGGGCGCUAUUAUUUGGCGGUAGGAAUUACCAAAGAACUUCAGCUGAACCCACGGAUAGUAUCGGGUGGUGCUAUAGAUGUUUACAGAAUUGAUCCUAUGUGCUCAAACCUCGAAUUUGUGCAUCGUACUGACAUCGACGAAGUACCUGGUGCUUUGUGCGCCUUCCAAGGUCGUUUACUAGCUGGAGUAGGCAGAAUCCUACGAAUAUAUGAUCUCGGCAAAAAGAAACUUCUUCGUAAAUGUGAGAAUAAGCACAUUCCCAACCAAAUUGUGAAUAUCCAAGCCAUGGGUCAUCGGGUUUACGUAUCUGACGUACAAGAGUCGGUAUUUUUCGUUCGUUACAAACGAGCUGAGAAUCAGAUAAUCAUUUUCGCUGAUGAUACGCAUCCACGAUGGGUCACAGCAACGACUCUUCUCGAUUACGAUACAAUCGCGACGGCUGAUAAGUUUGGAAAUAUUUCGAUUUUGCGUUUGCCGCACUCUGUUACUGAUGACGUUGACGAAGAUCCAACCGGUACAAAGUCUCUGUGGGAUCGUGGUCUUCUCAGUGGGGCAUCGCAGAAAGCAGAAAACAUUUGCACAUUCCAUGUCGGUGAAAUUGUCAUGUCCUUGCAAAAAGCUACCCUCAUUCCUGGAGGAUCUGAAUCUUUGCUGUAUGCUACGUUAAGUGGAACCGUUGGAGCGUUGGUCCCAUUUACCAGUCGGGAGGAUUUCGAUUUCUUCCAACAUCUGGAAAUGCACAUGAGAAACGAACACCCACCCUUAUGUGGACGUGAUCAUUUGAGCUAUCGUAGUUCAUAUUUUCCAGUGAAAAAUGUAAUGGAUGGUGAUUUAUGUGAACAGUUCACGUCAAUGGAUCCCGCUAAACAGAAAAGUAUUGCGUCGGACUUGGGACGAACACCGAAUGAAGUUGCUAAGAAAUUGGAAGAUAUUCGAACGAGAUAUGCGUUCUAAGUACAGAAUUAAAGAUCAGGAGAAAAUAAUGUGAUUCCGAGAGGGAAUGUGUAUAUAUACAAUGGUGUGCUCCUGAACAUAGUAUUAUAUUACCCUUGCAAACCAUAACAGAAACUUUAUGCACAUUCUGAAGCAAAAUCUGCUUCUAUACAUCAUACUUGGAAAUUAAUGUUUAAAUUAGAAUAUAUUAUAAGAUCCUAGUGUUAGAGUGAAAUAUUGUAACUUUAUUUAUGGAUGAAUUAAAUGACUGAGUUGUAACAUA